AGCAGUAGCAUAUUUGGGCGAAGAAUCGCAGACACUUGCUGCAGGACGAUGGAGGAGUUGCCACCCACACUGGCUUGGGGUGAUCAGCGUUGGGCAGGUACGCAGGAGCCACCAGCUGCACAAACAGAGGCCGAGGUGGCGCCUACGCAGCUUUGGACCCCCGGCAUGAUCCCACUGCCGCCAGCGUCCUGGGGUGACCAUGAUCAGGCCUUGGCGGAGACCCAGGUGGCUGAGACCCAAGCGGCAGGGACCCAGGACAUCUGCGAGGCCUUCCUCGAAGGUCUGGCUCCGGGCGAUCCCGACUCAAUGCUGCGGCCGAAGGCUGACGAAACCUCUGGAGUUCCAGCGAUUGCAGCGAUGCUUGCAGAUGCAGCGGAGGUUUUGGAUGCCACAGGAGACAGGGACAUUGGCAUGGAGCAGCCCGCGAAUGCAAGCGAGGCAGACACCAGCGAGCCCAAACUUGACAAUUUGUGCCAGAAAGUCAGAGAGGCUGGACUUCCGCUGGCCAAAGCUGAGGUGAAAGCUUCCUCUUCCGCCACCCCGAAGCGCCGGCUCAACGGUAAGACCCCGCCAGCGCGACCUGUGGCCACGCCGGCACGGGGGCGAGGUCGGCCAAGCAGACCCUCGGUCUCCUCAGCAGAGAAGCUGAAGCGGCCGCAGAAGUUAAAGGAAUUAGGAGGCCACACGCUGCAGCCCCGGCAGCAGGGCUGCCGCGUACGGGUGGCAGGUGAUGGCUGGGGUGGACCAGGCGAUAGCUACGAGGCCAUCAUCACUGAGGCAGACAGCAGCACCUUCACCGUGGUGGCAGUUUCGGGACCGAGCACAUGGAAGGAGACACACGUGCUGCAAGACUGCUGUGUUAUCCUGGAGACGCCUGCGGGUAAGGUGCGGACACGGAAUGAGGGCCCUUCUUCGCGCAGCCGGUGUUGGUGACUUCAUAUCCUGAAGAGGCGCGGGCAAUGAAUGCCAUCAAGAGGGGCUACGAUAUGCUACGAUGCUGAAUUCGCGCUUGACGGGCGCGGACUGGGGCGCGACGUGCAUGCAGCCAGAAGGGGCACUCACAGUGCUGUCCGCAAGGGGUAAGUGGAGCUGCUGCAUGUCAAGGGGAUGUAUUUUGGUAUUAUUUUCCUGCUGUGAGUGGCGAGCGGUGGCGCAACUCACGCAGCGAGGUCACCGAUGGGUGGCCGGGUUUGCGAGGCCCGAUGUAAUUUUGUAGUUUGUUUUGCGC